UCGACACUCACAUGCAAGAUGGCGGCGCCCAGUCUAGUUGUCAUGCCCCGUAAUUUUCGCUUAAUGGACGAGUUAGAAGAAGGUCAAAAAGGUGGUGGUGAUGGUACUAUCAGUUGGGGAUUGGAAGAUGAUGAUGAUAUGACUAUGAGUAGGUGGACUGGUAUGAUUAUUGGACCCCCACGGUGUGUUUUUGAAAACCGUAUUUUCAGUCUAAAAUUGGAGUGUGGAUGUCGAUAUCCUGAUGAACCACCAGUUUGCCGCUUUAUUAGUAAAAUUAAUAUGUCUGGAGUCAACAGCAACACAGGACUUAUUGACCGCAAAUCAUAUCCUGUGCUAUCUCGCUGGCAGAGACACUUCUCUAUCAAGACAGUUUUACUGGAGGUAAGACGAGCAAUGACGCUUAAGGAAAACAUGAAGCUGCAACAACCCCCAGAAGGCUCCACAUUUUAGCACUUGUGCCACCACCGCAGUUGUACUCGGUGAUCUUGGUUUGGCUCCUGAUGUCUUUGGAUAAUGUACUUUGAUCAGCUACAACGAUAACUGUUACAAGAAACUCCACAUAUAAUUUCUCUAUUGAAGUGCAUACUUUUAGUUAAUGUCCUUCAACUGUUUUUGUGUAGUAGAUAUUUUCCCCUUAUGAUGAAUUAUGCCAAUCAUCUUGGGCAGCUGAUUCAAUGAUUUUUGUACCUCACAUAAUUUUAUUUACUUUGUGCCUUUAAUAGAGAAUACACAGUAUUUAUUGACAUGUGUCAUUAGUGCCCCUUCCCUUUCUUAAUUUGAGGCAUUCCGUCAUUUUGGGGUUGUACUCUUACACUAAGGGGCCAGACUGAAGUCCCUGGGUAUCAGCAUAAAUAAUUCUGUUUUAUGAUAAGAACAAAGCUCUGGCACAUGGCAUGAAACAAGCCUACAAGAUUUAUCAGUCUGUAUGUUGGAUUUCUGGUUUGUCAUCUUUUUAUCAGCAGCAAGUGACUUCAGUUAAGAUUACUUCCUCUACUUUGUAUAUUUUAAAGUAAAAAACGAUUGCAUUGCAGACUCAAGGGGGUUCAUAAUGAGUGUCUGUGAUUCACAAGGGUGGUCCGAUUGUACCCGACACUCGUUGUAAAAGAUUGUUUUGAUCAAUUACCGCAGAGGCUAAAAUCUUUGUCAAAAGACUGCUGUCACUUGCUGCAUUGAUUGGAAUACCAGAUUUUCUUGAUCAGAAACGCUUGUGUAUUUGAAUGGUCAGCAUCAAAAGAUUGGGCGAGUUUUGGCAUACUUAAAAUCUCACCCAAAAAGUUUUUUGCUUACAUGAUUCUUUAUUGGAUAUGUGCUUCUCACAGAGCAUUUAUGGUGUGACAGGGUUCUCCCCAUGGCAUUAGAGUAGUGUGCCCCCCUCAAUUUGUUGGUAAACAAUUGGCUCAAUCACCAUAACAAUGAAUACAACACUUUUCCAAAAUUUGUGAGGUACCAUUUUCUGACAUUUAUAUAAAUCAUCAAAUGUUGAGAUUGUGGAUUGUAGCUGCAGAAUAUCAAUUUAAGCAAGCCUCCUACAGCGACCUAGAUUUGAAAACGAUACUGGGUUAGGAGGCUGCGUUUGUUUUUCAAGGUCAAUUACAUACAAGACCCUCCAGUAAUCCUAAAAUGAGCAGGAUAUCUACUAAUAUCAAACCGCAUCAUUUGAAGACUAGUUUCAGCUUGUCUUUGGAGUGAUGUUUUACAUAUUUGCAUAGGAAUGCAACUUAAAGAUCUGAUAUGAUACUAAAAUGGGGAGAGCACUGUCAUAAUCUAUAGUAAAACAGCUUCGCAAUAAAAACAUUCUCUAUUCAGCAUCAAUGGAUUAUGUUAUAAAGUAAAAAAAAAUGAUAAUUAACAUUUUUAGUGUCUCUUAUGUUGCUACACUUAGCUAAUAUUUGUUCAAAAAUCUUUUGAUCCUUGUAUUGAUUGCAGCGCAAGCACAAUACCAUUUUUCUGUUGCCCAACCCCCUUCAGUUACUUUUACUGUACUCUUUGCCUUCAUUGUGAACCCUACCAGCCAAUCCCCGCUGACUGAUUCAUCCAGCGUUAUCUUGCAGCGAUAGUAUGUAUGCAGACUUUCUAGUUGUAAUUUUCAAUUCCUCAGUUUCUUGCGCACUGUAGGGUAAAUAUCAGAAUGUAUAGUCGAGUUUUGUGCUUGUAUUUCUUUUGCUUUGUUUGAAUAAAUGGAGUGUAAAAUUAAGGUUGUACUAAACCCCCCACCCAUUCCUCUAUGCCAAUCUUGGAAAAAGGUCUACAUUGUUGCCCCUAUCCACCAUUGGUGGGUCAAACCAUUUGAGAAGAGGUAUUUUGGGAGACAGAGGUUAAAUGAAAUGCAUUAGCAUUUUGAUGACCCCUAUUGAUUUAUGUCUACAUUUGUUGUAUUUAACCAAAACUGUAAGAAACUGGUUGAUUUCAUUUAGCAUUAUGUUCCUUUUAAUAUAAUUCUAGUUGUUAAAUCAAGCCUACCUGUCUAUACUACCGUAAUUACUGUACUUUUCUGUUUGUUCAUCUGCUCAAUUUUGUGAAUAAACAUGUGAGAAAAAUGUGAA